CCUUGAUGCCAACAUGGCGGAUAACGCCGUCUACCGAGCGUUGAGGCUCCACAUCGCGCCUGACAAGUUUUAUAUCGAGCCGAGGGACCAGCAAUCAGUUGGUGAUCAAAUACUCGAAAUAGACCGUGUAACACAAGAGUUAAGUCUAGCAGACAAUGAGGGUCAAAUCCCACCAUCAGCUGAGAGUAGAGAUAUAUUUGGAAUUUUGGGAAUCAUAAAUUUGUUGGCAGGGCCAUACUUGGUUGUAGUCACUAAGAAGACUCUUGUAGGUCAUGUCAGGGGUCAUGAAGUAUGGGUAAUCAAAGGAACAGAUAUUCUGGCUUUUCCAAGAGCAACAUUGCAUCUCACAGAGAGUCAGCAACGGAAUAACAAUAUCUACUUAUCAAUGGUGCAAUCAGUGCUUCAGACCAGUAGCUUUUACUUCUCUUGUACAUAUGAUCUAACACACACUCUGCAACGCCUCUCAAGAACCAGCCCAGACUUCCUUCAGAUGCCUCUCUUUGAAAGGGCUGAUCCUCGAUUUGUAUGGAAUGGUCACCUUCUAAGACCUUUAGUCGUGCAACCAGAGCUUUACAAAUUUAUACUUCCAGUUAUGCAUGGCUUCAUCUCCAUCAAUUCCUGUGUUAUUAAGCAGAACACAUUUGAUUUCAUCCUUAUAUCAAGAAGAAGUUGUUUCAGGGCAGGUACACGUUACUUCAUUCGAGGACUUGAUGCUGAAGGAAAUGCUGCAAAUUAUGUCGAAACUGAGCAGAUUACUCAGUUUGAAUCUGGAGCAUGUUCUUUUGUUCAGACAAGAGGAUCUAUUCCACUGUUUUGGUCUCAGAGACCCAACCUUAGAUACAAACCAGUACCUCUGCUAAAUCCAUCAGCUGACCAUAGAGGUGGAUUUGCUCUCCACCUAGACAAAGAAAGAGUGUACUAUGGAGAACAUGUUUUAAUAAACCUUAUUGAUCAGAAAGGCCCGGAGAAGAUUUUAGGUGAUCGAUACACAGAGACUGUCAGUAAGGCAGGGUUAACUGACAACUUCUUGAGAUAUGAGCCAUUUGAUUUCCAUAAAGAGUGCAGUAAGAUGAGAUGGGAAAGAUUGUCCAUUCUAACAGACAGAUUAAAAGGAGAUCAAGAGAAGUUUGGAUUUUUCUCUGUCAGAGGAAAAGAUGGUCAAAUUGACACUGAGCAAAAGGGAGUGUUCAGAACAAAUUGCAUUGACUCACUUGACAGAACUAAUGUUGUUCAGAGCUUGUUCGCACGGAGAAGUCUUCAAGCACAGUGCGAGCGAUUUGAAAUUCUAAGCCCAGGAGAGAGAAUAGAGAGUUAUGCAGGAAUGGAGAAGGCUUUCAAGAAUGUCUGGGCAGACAAUGCUGAUGCAUGCUCUGUGCAGUAUGCUGGAACAGGAGCUCUCAAAACAGAUUUUACAAGAACUGGAAAGCGUUCAACACUUGGAGCGUUAAAGGAUGGUUUUAAUUCAGCUGUGAGGUAUUACAAGAACAACUUUGCUGAUGGAUUUAGACAAGAUUCAAUUGACUUGUUCCUUGGAAACUAUGUGGUAGACCCCAAUGAAGGAAUCUCCAAACCAUCACCUCUUGAAAUUCUCAGAGAUUGGAGAUUUAUGGCUCUCCCAAUGAUCCUUUUGCUAGGAUUCUCCAUGUUUGUUAUCAGUGUUUUAAUUCCAUCAACUGAUUAUGGAGUACAAUUUCUUUAUGUGUUGUUCUGGGGUGGUGCUGUGAUGAUGACACUGUACGUGGUGCUGUAUUUCGGCAAUGAAUAUGUUGAUCAACCACGCCUGGUGCAAGUUCAAGCAAAGGACAAAAAUGUUUGACUAGAAUCAUCAACAAAUUCACCCCUUUAUAUCUUGGUGUAAAUUAUAUCUAGUUAUUGUCAGUGAUUAAUAUCAUGGUAAAAAUAUAUGAAUUUAAGGAUUUAUGAAUCAAGAUAAAAUUGGCAAUGUACAAUUUACAUCCUGCAAACUUGGGUAGGUUAUGAAGUGUUCUCCAAUGAUUUUUGGUAGCCAUUUAUUACAAAAACAUUGGCUAGUAAAGGUUUAAAAUUAAGAUAUUGGACAAAAUAAGGCAGGGUAAGAGUUUAUCCAAAUCUCACCUCAAGGCUGUCAAGCAAGAGAAAUUGAACAUCAAUUUCUUUAAGCUUCCUUUGACUAAUUAAAUAUGCACAUAUUUUUUGAGUUAUAUCACAAAAUGUGAACAGUGUUACAAUGAUUUUGUUUAAUGCCUAGUAAACAAGCUAUGACAGGCUGCUGUAUUUGCAGGGAACACCAUCUAAUCAUAUUAAAAUUCCAAACAUUGAACAGAA